CACAAACUCUCACUCACUCUGGCUAGUCAGUCCAUCAUCGAACGGCGACGACGACAACAAUCCCACGACCACAAUCGUCACUCACUCCAACCCUCCCUAUUCUAACACCACCCACUCGUCCACACGCCCCCCACCACAUCCACCAGACAUUAGCACACCGACAGCAGCAACCACCUCACGCAUGCCAAGGCAUCGACGAUCGGCACGUGCUCCAGCGCGUGAGGUGCCCGAGCGCCAGAGUAGCAGUAUUCACACGCGUGUGCGUAUCGUCCAGCUCGCGCUCCUCGCGCUCUACUCCGUCGUCGUCGUGCUCGGCAUCGCAUGGCUGCAUCUCGAGCAGACGAUCCGCAUAUGGGCAACGUCCGUGUUCGGCCUCUCACUCCUACUGGUCAUCUUCAAGGCGCUCGAUGAGCGCCCGUCGGCGUCGCGGAGACGCGCAAAGUACCGCGUAUGGCCGGGCGUGCAGGCCACCGUGCAGGACGGGCUCCGGAUGAUCUCGGUCGCCGCAGCGCGCACAUCCGCCAACGUACUCACAGCGACGCCCACAACGUCGUCGCCCCGCUCCGAGACGCCGUCAUCGAGCCCCAAGGCGCAGCUGAGCCCCGACCUCCACGGGUCAGAGAUCAACCUCCCUGCCUCUCCACGCCGCAUCAACACGGGGUUGACAGUCGACCUCGCUGAGACGCGCUCAGACGAGCUGCUGGCGGUGAUCACGUCGUUCCCCAUCGCGCUGCUCCAUCACCUGCUCGGUACAAGGGCACUGCCGCAUGCCCCGCUCAUCGACCUCCUCCCACCGGGCUACCUCUCCAGCCUGAAGCGGACAGAAGCGCGCGUGCGAUUCGCAGCGGCGCAUGCAGGCCCUUCAGGAUCAGGAUCGCCUCCUUCCAAGAAUGCUGCGUCGUCGUCGUCGUCGUCCUCGGCGCCCGCACAGCAGCAGCCAGAGGGCAAGCUCGCCAACGGGCACACCGACGAGGACUGGGAGGAUGCAGGGAACGGCAAUGGCGGCGCGUCGGCAAAGGACGACGCCGACGAGGGCACCGCCGCGGGCCAGACCACGCCAUCGGGGAGCGCGCCAGCUACGCCCGCCACCAAAAAGUCCAACCUCGGCGCACCGUACCCUGCCAACCUGCCCCUGUCUCUGCUCCGCCUGAUGGAGGCGUAUAUCCUCGGCCUGGCCGACCUGCCUCUGGACCGCGGAGGCUGGUCGGCGUCGCAGGCGGACCGAGCGCUGGCCGUGGUCAAGGGGCUAAACCACUACCUCAGCGAGGCCGAGGGCGUGUAUGCUGACCCACCACCCUUUGUCAGUCUUGGCAACGCCCUGAACUUUGUCCUCCUCUGCGCUCCGCCAUUCCUCGCUUGCGCCGUCCGCACUUGGCGCGCGAUUCUCAUCACCAUUGUUGCUGGCAGCUAUGUCAAGCUGAGCCUCGAGCCGACCAUUGAGGAGCCCGAUCCGUCAUCCAACAGCCACCCGUUGAAACAGACGCUCCUUCACAACCUGCACGAGGCUCUGGACACGUGCCCCUCGCUCGCACGGUACUACCGCGCGCGUCUUGUUACGCGCCUGGGUGGGGACUCUGACGAGGUCCACGAGCUGGAUCGUCGAACAAGACGACGUGACGAGUGGCUGCCAACGUUCUGACGCGUGUGUUGGCUGGCAUAAUAGUAGUUUAUAGAGCUUUUUUAUUUUUACUCGACAAUUGUUUGGGUGUAUUUGUCUGUAGAGUCUCUCACCGAGAUGUAAGUAUACAUGUUG